AUGCAGUUGAUGGAGAACAUGGCUGCGACUGGAUUGGGGGCAGACGUGCCUAUUCUUACAGCCUCAGUCCAUACACCGGAGCUUGCUGAAAGCCCCAGGAGUGAUGACGACGAAGACGAAGUCAAGCGCGACUACAUGGCGGUCGAUGACGACGAAAGUGAAGCCAAUUGCGGCUCCACUUGGUCCACCGUAGAAGCGCUUGCAGGUGGCAGUGAAUCUUGCGAGAAGCAUAGCACACAAAAGGAAAUGUACUGCACAGGUGACGCACCAGAAUUAGCGAAACAAGAGCUGUGUGCCAGCAUUUCGACCCGAUCCGUCGAUUCGGGCACAUCGGCCACUGAGUUGUACAAGGUAGACAGCAUAAGCUGUAAUAGCUCGUCAAGACGACUGUGUCUUGAAUGGCACUCGUGCGGCGACCCUGAAGAAGCGCAUGUAUUAUCUGACUUUCCACAUCAGGACGAAACAGUCUUGGCAGCUGCAGUUACCACAUCGGCGGCUACAAUUGAUUGUACAACUGCAUUGACACGGGAAUCUGCAGCUACUCAGUCUACGAGUGAUUUUGGUGAAAGUACUAGCAGCUGCAUAUCGUCGGAUGGCAGCCAAGUAUCUGGUCAAGGGGAGGAGAUGCAACCGACGGAGUUCACACAACGCCCAAGAGGUAGCAUCUCUCAUUGUGAAGAAAUGAAUGGUGUCGCAAACGAAGAGUCGACGGCCGUGGCAAAAGAUGAGCAGCCUGAGAAGAAAGAUGUACUCAUCCAUACAGUAAACUCCACGGAGAAUGAGCUCGAAGAUGAUCAAACCGUCGAGAUUUCGUCGGGUGAGGGCAAUGUACGUGAAUAUGAAAACCUUGGAAAUAGUGCGCAAAGUGACGGUCGAGAGCCGCCACAGGAAUCUCGAAUGGUACGGGCAGCUUUGCGGGUUUCUACAGAACGUUUAGUUGGGAGCGAGGCCAAGUCCGAGUCUUUGGAGACCAUCAAAGCUGCGGUUACUUCGAAGCGGAAAGAAAGCUCCGAAUUGCAAGGUGAUUUUGCCAAGAGCGAUAUUUGUGACGAGCAUGUUUCCUCUGCUUGUACAUCAACUCCAGCCCAUUCACCUCAAUGGUCAACACAUGCAAGUAAGAAGAAGAGAAAGAAAUCGCCGUCUCAGCCGGAACAUACACGAUCACGAUCUCUGCGCCGGUCACCCCGAGUAAAGACAAAGCCGCCGGAGCUUACGCGCUUGGAAAGAAAACGUAUGGCAAACCCUGUCGUGUUGACGCACCUCGACCGCCAAUAUGGGAACAGCGCUUCAUCCCCAGCACCUUCAGGUAUGGUUUGUAAGUCUGGUGGAGCUCAGGUUACGGCAUCGAGAGGUGAAGCUGCAAUACAUCUUGAGAAGUGUCGAUCCUUUGGACGAAAGGUAUCGCAACUCGAUGAAGCCGAUGAUGUCGAAGACAAGGCACCGGCGUCGCCAUCGGCACCCUCAACGGUGCAGGCCGUUAAAACGGAGUCCGGUUGUGAUGAGCCAGGUGUGGCUUACGCACUGGUAGAUCUCAUGGGAACGAAGGCGUUGGCAGCAAAGCUGAAACGAUCGUUCCAGAGUGCUACGUUUUCAGGACAUGCGCCGGUUUCUCGUUUUCAGCACUUGAUUGGAGACGACGUCACUGGAUUGCGGCACCUAAAUGUGUACCGAUUGCUGGACGCUGUAAACCAGUUGGAUGGCCCUAUAUUGCAACUGCACCUAAGAUGGCCGGGCGUUCGGCGUACUACUGGACAGGACCAGGUGGACCCCGUAUCAAAGCAAAAGCUCGGUGCUUGGAAAGCUCCUGCCUUCGCUUUCCUACACCUCGGAGUGUGGCUGAUCAAUUCAUUGCACCGUUGGCGAAAGAGUUAG